AUGUCCGAAAUGAACGCCUGGGCCGGCGCCGCGUCGCCAAACAUCAAGUUCGAGGGCUCGCCAACCGAGUCGCUCCUUUCGACCCCUGACGAGAUGUACCCUUCGCUCUUCGGCACCAGCCCCGUAUCGACCACCACCAUCAACCCAUCAGAAAUGAUGACGCCCCAGUCUGUGUCCGAGGACGGUCAAUCCGACCUAACGAUGCUGAGUGGCCUGUCCGCACUAUCACAAUCCACCCUCGCCCAAACCCCGGCACCAUCCGAGGGCACUCCCGAGCCCGAGAAGAAGCCGGUCAAGAAGAGGAAGUCAUGGGGCCAAGUUCUUCCGGAACCCAAGACCAACCUCCCUCCAAGGAAACGGGCAAAGACGGAAGACGAAAAGGAACAGCGCCGGGUUGAGCGCGUGCUCCGGAACCGUCGCGCCGCGCAGUCCUCCCGUGAACGGAAGCGCCUCGAAGUUGAGGGCUUGGAAAAGCGGAACAAGGAGUUGGAGAUGGCGCUCGUUCAGGCACAGCAGAUGAACAUGACUCUCCUGGAGGAGAUCCAAAAAAUUCGCGGCCCGGGCGCCUCAAGGACAACGCCAUCGUUUGACGCGCUCCGCCAACCCCCCGUGACAUUCUCACAUCAAUUAUUCAGUUCUCAAGACGAGAACGCGGCUGGGUCGCUGGAACAACUCCUCCAGUCCCUCCCGUCCGCCAACAACAAGACGGUCAACCCCGCAUCACUCUCUCCCACCCUCACCCCCAUCGAUGAGAUGGCGGACGAGGAAGAUGAAGAGGAGACAGCCACUUCUCCUGUUGCGGACACUCCUGCCCUCACCGAGGGGAACGCUUCCACCGACGCGACACAACAUCCUGCAGAGAUGUUGUGCUCAGACCUGCCGUGUCGGUUGGUGGAAGCAAGCCCCUCGAGCUGGCAGAUGGUGUCUCAACAGCGACUCCAACCAACCCAGUGGCUGCUACUCCAGCUCCAAUUUCUUCUAGCCUCAACCUCGGCGAUGCUUUCAGUAUGCCAGAGGCCCUUGACGCAGAUCGCUAUCUCCUUGAGAGCGGGCUCCUCUCUUCGCCCAACUCCAGCGAUUACGAAUACGAUCAUCUGGCUGGUGACGACACCGCACCCUUCCAGUUCACAAACGACUUCGACAUCAACGAGUUCAUCACCGAUAGCGACAUCAACGUCGCGCCCAGCAACGAGCAGCAGCAGCAGCACCUCUACAGCCGCUCCGUCGCAGACUCGUCGCUCCUCCCUGAGACUCCGAACCCUUCGGAAGAUCCUUACCUGCAGCCCCAUCCUGGCGCGUCCCUUGAAGGAUGCGACGAUGGCGGUCUUGCGGUUAGUGUCCUCUGAGGGAUCCUCGGUCGACCGGGUUUCAGGAGCCGACGAGGCUGCCACGGUAGCAGCCAACGGAGGAUCAUCGCAGCAGCUGCCCCGUCGCGGGUCGAUUGUUGGUUGGCCUAGCGGAGCGAUGCUCCCGUCGAAGGAGGUCCUACUGUCCCUUUUGUGGGUCCUCCGCGUCGAAGAACGACGAAUUCGAAUCCGUGAACAAGCCAAGGCUUCCCUGAAGCUCGGAACAUCGGGUGUCCCCAGGACCAGUAACAUGACCAAAACUUAUGUCAUGAAAGUAUCCUCUCGUAAUAAACACACUCGCCAGGGCGAGAACCGCGCUGUCUCUUCAAAAAGGCGGCGUUUCCUUUAA